AUGGAUUGGUAUUCAUGGUUAUCAAAAACAAAUUUAGACCCGUAUUUAGUUUAUGAAUAUGGAAGAACAUUCACGCACAAUGAGCUUCAAAGAGGAGACACGUUGUAUUUCAACCAUGAGUUUCUUCAAAGCAUGGGAGUCUUGGUUGCCAAACACAGGUUAGAAAUAAUAAAUCUUGCAAGGAACAACAUAGGAGGGUGUCGCAAGAACGGUUUCUCCAAGAUCGUGUCUGCCAUUGUGAAGACAAGAUUGCUUCUCUCCAAGAAACUUGGAAGAUUUGUUUCAAGUAAACGGUCGGUUAAUAGGCCCAUGAAUCCUUUUCGACCACAGUGGCCGAGUAGUAAUUUAAGAAAGAACAUGGGAUUUGGGGAGGUUAAGGAAGAAAAAGGGAAGAAAAUGAUGAAAUCUGGACCCUUGGAUGGAAGAUUAGAUGAGAGUUGUAUGACUCCAAAAAGGGUUUUUAGUGUUUCCGGGCCGAUGGAUGUGGGGAACAGUCCAAGGAUUGGGAUUCCGUGUAAUAUGAUGAAUUCAGGUGGUGAAGACGAUGAGAUGUCUUCUAUUUGGUCUAUGAUGUUUCAAGAUAUGAAACCUACUUGA